UGUUUUCUCCUGAAUCUGAGUGCGUCCCAGUUGAAGCAUACGGGUAUGGAAAAAGCUCCGCUGAAAGAAGUUCCUGAGCGAAUUGUUGACACGGAACAUGGGGUUACCUAUAUACGUGGUAAGUUUCUGGGCAAAGGAGGAUUCGCGAGGUGUUACGAGCUGACUAAUUCCGCUACGAAUGAGGUGUUUGCUGGGAAGAUUGUCUCGAAGACGUUGCUCGUCAAACAGUACCAACGCGAAAAAAUGACGCAGGAAGUGCAUAUUCAUCGUAGUUUGAGUCAUCCUCAUGUGGUGCAGCUCUACAACUUUUUCGAAGACAACGACAACGUGUAUAUCACUUUGGAACUUUGUGCUCGGCGUUCAUUGAUGGAACUACACAAGAGAAGAAGAUCAGUGACUGAACCGGAGGCGCGUUACUUUACUCAUCAGGUCUGCUUGGCUGUUGAGUAUUUGCACGAAAAGAAUGUGAUCCACCGCGAUUUGAAACUCGGGAACUUAUUCCUCAAUGGGGACCUACAGGUCAAAAUUGGUGAUUUUGGCCUUGCAACUACUGUUGAUAUGGAUGGAGAACGCAAGAAAACAUUGUGUGGAACCCCAAACUACAUUGCUCCCGAAGUCCUUGACAAGAAGGGUCAUUCCUUUGAAGUCGACAUUUGGGCUAUUGGAUGCAUUUUGUAUACGCUUCUUUUUGGUCGUCCGCCAUUUGAAACGAAGUCAUUGAAGGAGACCUAUAGCCGUAUCAAAAUGAAUCAGUAUCGACUUCCUUCUACUGCCGGCCAAACUGUUACUCAUCUCAUCCAGAACCUGCUAGCUCCCGACCCAGCAAAAAGACCUACUGUGAAACAGGUGCUAGCACAUGAUUUCUUCCGUUCUGGCUUCAUGCCUACUCGCCUUCCGAUUUCCUGCCUUACAAUGGCGCCAAAGUUCAAUAGGCAUAGUGUCGGUAUUGCAAAAGUACCAGAAGAUGGAUUUUUGUCCGAGUUAUACGAGCAGAUUUCUUCACUUUGUAAUGCUCGUGUACCCGACGUGGAAGAUGAGGCACCGGAGGCCAUGCCUAUCUUCUGGAUUAGCAAAUGGGUGGACUACUCCGAUAAAUAUGGGAUUGGUUACCAACUUUGUGAUAACUCGGUAGGAGUACUCUUCAACGAUAGUUCGAAGUUAGUGUUGGAUGAGGCUGGCAGUGAAUUAACGUAUAUAGAAAAAAAUGAAACCGAGAAUUACUAUGGCAUAGAGUCUUACCCGGAUUUCCUUUCAAAGAAAGUAACUCUGUUGAAGUACUUCCGAUCUUAUAUGAAUGAGCAUCUUAUAAAAGCUGGAGCAAACGUGGCUAAAAAGGAUGGAGAUGACUUAGCGCGUCUUCCUGUAUUACGUUAUUGGUUCCGUACACGAUCUGCAAUUGUAUUGCAUCUUUCAAAUGGAACCCUACAAAUAAACUUCUUCGAAGACCAUACGAAGACGAUUGUAUGCCCUUUAAUGGGAGCUGUUACAUACAUUGAUGAACAGCGAAAUUUUCGCGUUUAUAAAUUGUCUCAUUUAGAAAGUCAUGGAUGUACAAAGGUAACGAAUUUUCUUUAA